CAUAUAAAGUCGGUACAGCAGGGCAACAACGGCUGGUAGUGCAGUGCUGAAAGAGAACAACAAAACAAACUGGCAGGAAAAGUGAAUGAAAGAAUGUGUAAAACAAAUGUUUGAUGUGAAUUUUCAAAUCGGUGUUAAAAAUUUAUUUCCUCAGGAAAUUUUGUAAAACAGUUUCAUUUAAUAAAUCAGUGUCUGAUGUACAUAUGUAAUAGUGAAAUAAAAAUCUGGAAUAUUAACUAACAAUUUGUAAAGGAAUAGUAAAAGUGCAAGGGGUGACCAAUAAAUGAAUGCGAAGGCUAAAAAGACUAUUGGAAAGCGACACGAAAAAAUUCGCACGCCAGAUCAAUUGGCAUUUAAAAAAAUUUCCGGACAAUAGGAGAGUGAGGGUAUGGCACCAGUACGCAAUGUGAGCACUGCACAGCCCCCUAAGCAAACAGAGAUUGAUUACAUAGUUCCAACCAAUCAACAACCAAGUGGUGGUUCAACUGUGAAAACGCCAAGAACAACAGUAACAGUUACCGGCGAAACAGUAUUUGCGUCUGGAAAUAAUCGAAAUUUUAGCAAAAAUAUUAAUAAUUGUAAUAAUCCAAGUGCAACUGCAACGGAAUCACAGCGAAAGCGACAACACAGUCCAGAAGAGGAAUCGGCAGAAACCAACGGUGUUGUUUGUGGAACGCAGUUUGAUAUUGAUGAAAACACACUGAAUUUUUCGCAAGUAUUUAGCACACCAAUUAGCGCUAAGACUGGUCCAAAAUCUUCGAUAUCCCCUUCAAUAGAAGACAGCAUUGCUGAAAGAAAGAAAUUUCCCGAAAUACAAAGGCAACGAAACGAAUAUUCCGCCACUGUAAAAUCGACGCCUACAGCGUCUAGUCCACUCUUAAAAUUUACUAAAGCCAAUAAUAACCCCUUACUGCCAGUAAAUCUCUUGAACUUGGCCGCCAGUCUAACAACAACACAAAUACCACUCACACCAACAAUAUCAACCGCCGGCGCAGCAAAUACAACGCAAACUGCUUUUGGUGGUGGUGGUUUGAAUGUUGAAUCUAUUUUAUUGCAACGUUUACAGUUAAUAAAACACUUUUUGAACUUGACCGCGCCAGCGGUUAGUGGCCUUAAUCAACGAUUACAAAGGCAAAACGAGGAGAUCUCGGCAACUGCAAGAGCAUCCUGCUUAGCUACACAGCGAGUCUUACCGAAGGCAUUAAUGGUAUAUGAAAAUAGACCCGGGAGCAUGGAACGUGAAGUUGUGGUAAAUUCAGCCAGUUUGGAAGAUGUCGCUCUGAGUGAGUUGAGCGACAAUCGCGCGCAGUCAAUCCAAUCGUUGAAUAGCGUAGAGACGCCCACUCCCGAUACCACGCCCAGCUUCGAUGAACUGCAACAGCGUUUGGAGACCUCAAAUCGCAACAUACAAAAUAUGCAAGAGCAGCAACAACAACUAUUGCGUUUGCAGAAUGCCGCUAAGCAACAUUUGAGUGAAAUGGAGCAUCUACGUCAACAGGCAGGCACUUUAAGUUUUGGCGCAAAUCAAGCAAACGCUUCGAACAAUGGCGAUAGUGCACCCGAAUACGAGUCCAUAGAUCAGGUGCAUUCAGAUAUGGCAACAUUGGUUGGUCGCAUGAAGAAUCUCACCACGUUCAUACAAAAUCAAAAUGAAUUAAGCAAUUUGCUCGGAGAUGACGGCCCUGAAAUACUUGCUGAACAAGAAGCGCUUCAGCGCAAGCUAGAAUCCUUGCGCGCACAACGUGAUGAUAUGCGUACAUUGGUUGGUGAAUUGCAGGAAAUCAAUCGUACUGCCGAGCGCAGAGUUGGUGCUGAUUCGAAAGAGAAUGCACAAAUAGCUGAUAACCAACAGUCGACUACGGGAGCAGUUCUGGCGCAAGCACGCGAAGAAUCACCACCAGCAAAUGCAGCACGUGUUGUUCCAGUAGCCUACACACGCAACGUGCCCAUACAACUAACGAAUGGCAGCAUGCCCCAUCUAAUUGGAAAUGUAACCGCUGACGAAGAUAAUGACGAUCCUGCAGAGAAAGCUGCCACCGCUGUGCUUAUACAACAGAAAGUUGCCGACAUAGAAACAAUGCGCAAGCAGCUACAACGUCUUAAGGACAUGAUGGAAACUGUUAAUAUGAUCGAAGCGCGCACAUCGCGUGACGUAAACGACAUUGGCCGAACACCACCGCGUGAAAUGCGCUCACAGUCGCGUACGACUGGUUCUUCUGGCGCUUCGUUUGAUCGCGAAUGCACGCCUGUUUCGGUGGUACCCGCACAUCACUCUAGUGGCGCUGAGGGUGCUGAUGACGAUUCGUAUCUUACACGUAAAAUGCGUAUGAUCAACGACGUCACGUCCGAUUUACGUGCACAGGCUGAAAGCUUGCAGGCCGAGCGCGAUCGCAUUAAAGCGUUGAAAGAAGAAAUUGUGCUGCGUAAGCAGCAAGCCGCUGCUGCAGCACAGCUUGGCGAAGACGCAUUGAAACGUAGCAGCCUCACACCUACACCUACGCCACGAAGUCGCAAGCAACGCGAACUAGACACUCCGUCUCCACCGCCACUGACUAAGACCGAAAAUGAACGCGAUCAACUCAAAAUGGAAUACGAGACAAAGAAAAGAGAAUUCGAACUGCUUUGUCAACGUCUGCAGCAAGAUGAUACCACCACACAGUCGCAGCCCACCAGCAGCAGCAAUAAUGCACCGCUACGCCGCGAUACCGUCUCCGAAGCUGAUGACGAAGCGGAUGGCGAUGAAGAGUUGAUUGAUUCGGAUUUCGCCACUACAAACACCGCGACCGCAGCACGCCAAUAUUUCACAGCACCACAACAACAAUCAACACCGGCGCAGCAGCAUCGCGCUGCAGUAAAAGCUGCUGUAACUGCACAUACCCAGGCAACUGGUGUGGCUUCGGCAAAAGUAAAUGCACAGCAUCGUCAAAGUCAAGGCCAGCACUUGCCAAUAGGAGCAUUGGGGAAGGAAGAUAGUUUCGAAAUGAAUCAAACAUCUUCGACAGGAGUUGAGCGUCGUCAUUCUACGCUAGCUAAUGCAACUAAUAUCACACAGGAUGGCGCUUCACUUGAGGCUGGCAGCGUACAAUCCGGCAGUUCGCAAUCUGCAUUCUCAAUGCCACCACCAAUGCCGGCCAUGGGACCAUGUAGCAGUUGGCCGCCGAUGCCACCGAUGCCCAACACUUGGAACCCACAACUUUAUUACGGUUUUGGUGCUACAGCGCCGCCACAGCAGCCAAAUGCAUCCCAACCGAACUCGGCAACCACAACUCAAAGCGUAGGUGCACCAUUCACGCCUGUUGGCUUGCUUCCACAAUCUACAGUCAAUAGUGAAUGCAUUUGCAGUGCAGCAAAUAGUGCCACUACCGCACAGAUUGUUACCGGACCGACACCAACUUCAAGUUCCACAAAUACUGCUGCGCAAUUGGCCACCGAUCCAGUGUUGCUGCAGCAGUUUGUACAAACUCAACAAAUGCUUAUAAAUUCUGUGUGCCAAUGUAAUCAGAUGUUGUGGCACCAACAGCGAGAAAUUGAUGCACUGAACAACACGAUACAUGUGCUUCAAGAUCGUUUACUGGCCUUGACCAGUGGUGUCAACGCUGUACCGCUCGCUGCUGAUAUGCCCUACACCAUACGCGCCGAAUCGGUGCCACCGCCCAGCCUAACUGCUGGCACCUUGCCCAACAAUCUCUACUUGAGUAACUCGAAUCGUGCACAAUCCGAGCAGCCGGCUCUCUUCUUGCCCGGUAUGACAACAGCCGCGCGCAAUAGCGCUUUUUCCAACUAUCAACAUCAUCAGCAACAAUAUCAACAGCGACAACAACGUGGACACAUCGCUAGCGCAGCUGGUGGCGUCACUGCCUCCAAUAGCUACAAUUUUAACAGUGAGUCACAGCAACACAGCAACAUUGCAUCGGCAACCAGCGCCAACGCCGGCCUCUAUAGCACAUUAAAUAACGCCGCACCACCCCCACCCCCGCCCAAUCAAGCAGCACAAUCGCAUUACAACAACGAAGUGCCACAAUCGCCACCAUUACAUGGGAAUGCCGCCGGACCAGGACCGAUUUUUAUGCAUCAUCACAACAAUGCCAUACAUCAGAAUAAUGCCAAUUUGCGUACACAAAAUCAUUAUGCCAACAAUUUGCAUCAACAGCAGCAACAACAACAACAACAACAACAGCAUGGACAUAGUAACAUCAAUAUUGGCGGCGGUAAUACGCUGAAUAACCAAGUGCCACCUGGCAAUCGCGCUAAUAAUUAUUGGGACAAUUUUCGAAGCUAUUCGCGCCAGAACUUGCUUUCGACUAAUUCGAAUAAAAGCAAUGAAGAGCAGCAGCAGCAAAAUCAGCUGCAACAACAACAACAGCAUCAACAUCAGCAUUAUGUGCAGCAACGUUUGCUUGAGCAGCUGGAUACCCCCGCUCCUAGCCAUUACCGCGCCCAACAGCAACCGCAUCACCGCUCCACAACAGCGCUACCAACGGCAGCAGCACUAACAACGAGCAACUUGCAGCAAUUACAACGUCAGCAGCGGCAACAGGAAGAAGCAGCACAACAACAGCAGCGCUCAACUCAAACACAGCCGCAGCUGUUUCGGUCAUUGGGCGAUAGCAACAGCAAUAAUUGCAACAAUUUGAAUUUCGAACGCAAUGCAAAUGACAACAAAUACAUGCGCACCCUGCAGCGUUCGCAUAUUAAUCGCUAUCAGCAGCAGCAACAACAAAAUCUUGGCCUCACAAACUCAUUGUAUACCAAUCACAAUAACUUGUAUCAGUCAUGGUUACCAGAGGCGAAUAACGAUACCAACAAUGUUGACAUUGACGUUUAUGAUGCAUACAACAUCAUUGAUAGCGACUUGGCCGCACCAUAUGCGCACUUAAGCAGCAACAUGUGUACGAAUUCGAGCAACAUGCUGCGCAACAUGAAUGUCAAUUUCGGCAAUAGUCCGCACUACCAACGCAACAAAUUGCUGACAAAGCCCAGUUGCCGUGGCACUGCUGCCGAAGCCAUGGAGCAACACAAUCCGAAUAGGGCGCCACAAUCGCAGCAGCAGCAACAACAACAACAACAUCAACAAAUGUUGUCGCAGCAACAGUUGGCGCUAUGCGCGCAACAGCAGCUUGAUCAAUCGACUUUGCGGCCCAUGCGUAACAUGCCCGCCUACACGCAAGCGCGUUAUCUGGAUUUACUGCCAGCCACAGUCAGGGAAGCUGUGGCCAGCACAGAGGUGCAAUUGCGCAAUCGUGAUCGCGUCGAUAUGCUGCUACGCACCGUAACCGCCGACGAUGAGGAGGAUGUAGGAGCACUGGCGGCGCCAGGUGUCGGCAAUAACACCGCCUAUAAUGCGGGUUACAUGCCGACCGCUAAUGAGACGCUGUUGAUGGAUAGCAAUGAAAUCGGCAAUAAUACCCCAAAUAUUGAUCAUGAGAAUUCAAAUGAGCCAGAUGGCGUCGAUGCCGCAUUGAACGCGGACGCGAAUGAGGCGCACGACGAGGAGGAAGAUGACGACACCACAUCGGAAGAGAUUAAACGGAAUUUGCUUGUUAAUGCAUUAAAAAAUGAUAAAUUCACCACAAAAUUCUAUGAGUCCAUAAAAGAAGAUGUUUUCCGACGCCUCGAACGCAUGUUGCUUGAAAAAGAGUCGGCUGAGAGUAACUGUCAGCGUGGCGCUGAGCAAAUUCGUAAUGGUUUUGCAGCAGUAAGUGGCGUCGCCAACAUUACCAAUGCCACAAUUGAUGGACCCAAUGAUAUGUUAGGUGCCGCUUCGCUGCCGCGCGAUCCAACGCGCAAGUUCAAUUUAAACGCGCGCAUGGGCAAUAAACAACAACAACAUCAAUACCGCCACCAACAACAGCAGCAUCAACAACAACACCAACACAAUUCUUGCGCGCCACCAGCAAACGCAUACCAAAUCAAACAGGAGGAAGCUAGUAAUGAUCACGCAGCUGAAGAUGAUCAGCACGUUCUGGCAUCGGCUGAAGGUGAAACGGAUGAAAAUAAUCGUCGAACUGUUGCCGGAGAUAAUGCAGAAGAAGAUGAAUAUGGCGUGAAUAAUGCUGACACGGAAAGCAAUAAAGCAGAUAAUGAGGACGCGGCCGCAGCUGCAGCGGCAGCGGUUGCAUUGGCAAACACGGCUAGUGUGGCUCGCAUGCCGGGCGCAAUACAAUUAAGGGAAAAUGAACAACCGGAAGAAGAUAAUGUGCAUUACAACGACAACAGCAACAAUGUUGUAGCUGGUGAUGCGGCAGUUGCGCGCCAAGCACAACCACCAGAGUCUGCUCAACAAAGGCAGCUAUCUGGUAAAGAUGGAAGAGAAGCUGAAGGAAAUAUCACCAAUUGGCUACAAAAUGUUUUCAGUCAGGCGGAGUCGACUGCCAGCAACAUAUCUACAUCCAAUAUUGGCAAAAAGCGCAAAAAUCAAUUGGAGGCUAUGAACAACAGUGGUGCGGGCGGUGAUGCGGAGGCGAUGUCGUCCUCUGUCAGCGCCAACAACUCUGCCGAAAACAACUUAAGUCCGACGCAUUACACCGAUCUUAUCGCCUAUAUAAUAACGCGCAUACGCAAUCAAACGCACCCAAAUACACAAAUAAACGACACAAUACUGGUGGAGAUCGCCAAGCUGACCGCCAGCACUGUACAAAAUUUCGCACCCACACUUGGAAACUACCAAUCACUGGGCACUUCAUCACCACACAUUUCACCGAAGAAAUUUUAUAUGAAAAUCAAAAAACUCAGCGUACCACGGCAACGUGAUGAGUUCUUGACGUGGUAUGAAAAUUACUUGGAAAAUCACUUUCCGGGCGCGCGUUUGGAAGCUGAGAGGCGGCGCGAAGAGUUGCGGAGCAGCGGAAUCUCUGGAGCAGCACCGAUUGGUUUGGAAUUGCCGCGCAUGUGCGAUAAAUUGGAAAAUCAUCACCAACAAGUACAGCUACGCCAGGCACAACAGCACAAACAGCAGCAGCAAGCAAGAAAUGCCAGUAACAACGAUCACAAAGAUAACAGCGAUGCAGAUUUGGCGGAGGCUGAUCAAAAUUCUGCUAAUAGCAGUAGCAACACUACCAUUGAAGAACGACACGACGGUAUUAUACAACGUGAAAACGAGUUAGAGAACAAUGAAAAUCCCGAUGACGGUGUGAAAGGUGUAGGUACGGGUACAUGCAACAAGCAUGACGAGCAUGAUGACGCUGGCGCAGUUGGAGGUGCAUAUGCUAUAAUGCCUAUAAUGUCGGUGGGUAAUGCUGCUGCUGCCGCCGCAGCCGCAACAGUUACAGAUGAUACAAUCACUGCGGCACUACAGGAACACGUUUUACUACGCUAUGCUUCCGACAGCACAGCAGCUGGCGGCACACCGGCCAAUGAUUUUACACCACACAAUGGCUACACCUAGUUGAUGCUAUACAGUUAUGUUGCGCUGCACUUGCUCAUCGCCCUGCUAAUCGCUGCCAUGUUAUUCAGCUGUUUGCCUACGCUGUAGCGCUAAAAUGUUUACUCGAAUGCUAGUGACUGAAUAUAUUGCUCAGUGUCAACCUUUCCUAUAUAUCCAACAGUUAUUAAUUAACCCUGCUGAGGCUCAGAUAAAGGAGGAAAAAAAUUUAGAUCUGCGCCGUCUUUCGCAUUUAUCAGACAAAUUUCAAAAUUAAACGUUUAUAUUGAAACAGAGUGAGGAAAGCUAUAAUUAACAUAUUUUUAUAAGUGCAUAUAAUUUGGUUUUUUAUGUCUUACGUCGCGUGUUAUCUAAAUUUUAAUACUUAACGAAAAUAUAUAAUUUAUAUUUUUUAUGCUACAAUAAUUUGGUUUAUUCAUGUGUGAUUGUUUUUACGCUGCAUCAAAAAUUUCUUAAACAUUCCCAAAAUCGUCUCACCACAUAACAAUAUUCAUAAAUUUAUCAAAAUAAAUGUAUUAACUCGUAAUUUAUUAUAUGUGAAUGCACAGCCACAUAUUCUUGCGUUCGUGUGUACAUGUUGGAUCUAAAUGCGAACCAUGCAUACAUAUAAAUUUCUGAGUAAAUUAAAUAAACGAAAUUAUUCCCCAAAUAUACAUAAA